AUGGGGUUCCUCAAUAAGAAGCAAAGGUUGUCCUUAGCCUCCUUCACUCUCCUUUAUCUCCUCCUCCUUAUCUUCUGCCGCUUCAAUUCCGCUCGGGAUCCCGGCUCGGCUUUCUUUCAACCCAAGGUGGGCUACCGACCGCUGUACAGCCCCCAGCGCAUCGAGGAAUCGCUGCAGUUUCUGUCCACCUUAAAUCAGUCGGCCGAAUUGUCGGCCCAACCCGCCAGAAAUCGAAGCGCUCCAAUCCGCAACGUGGAUGUCUGCGUCGGCAUCGUCACCGUGAAGCGGCCUCUGCACCAAAAUUUCGACACGACCAUCGGCUCCAUCCUCGACAACCUAACGUCGGAACAGCGCUCGACGCUUGCCGUCCAGGUGCUAUUCGCCCUCACCAACGCCACAGACCACCCCGAUUAUCAGCAACCCUGGGUUCCUAACGCCAUCGACCGCGUCCUAACGUACGACGAUUUUGGCGAACACCAAGGGUCAUUGCGGCGCCUGGAACGGACGGGUAAUAUCAAGAAGAAGUCUCUGAUCGAUUACCGGCUGUCACUUCAGUCAUGCUAUGAGGACACAGAUGCCUCUUGGUUCGUUAUGCUGGAGGAUGACGUGCUGGCCCACAAGUCAUGGUACGCCCAAACGAUGGAGAGUCUUCAGAGGAUUGACGAGUGGAAGCGGACCGGUCUGGUCCAUGACUGGCUGUACCUGCGACUCUUCUACACCGAAAAAUUCCUCGGAUGGAACUCGGAACACUGGCCUAUCUACCUAAGUUGGAGUGUGGCCGUCGUUUCCCUGGUCGCCUCCAUGGGCUUUUAUGUACGAAGAAAGGUGCGAGCGUCGCACCAUAUCUUGUCAAAUCUGUUCCUGGCGAUCGUUUGCUUCGUCUGCGUGCCGCUGAUGAUCGGCCUGUACUUCCUGUCGGGUCGAAUGACCAUGCGCCCUAUGAAACCCGGGAUCCAUUUGAUGAAUCGCAACGGCUGCUGCUCGCAAGCGCUCGUCUUUCCUCGUGCCCCGAUUCCGGACCUCAUAGACCGGCUCGAGGAGAUGGAGGACGCGCGACAGCCCAAAGCGGUGGACACUGUGAUCGAAAGAAUGGGCAACGACCUAUUUUAUGAUCGCCUGGCCAUUUCUCCUCCCCUGAUGCAACAUGUCGGCGCUGCCUCCUAUAAGGAAGAUAAGAAGAAAUGGAAAGGCGAAUAUGCAGUGCGCGGAGCCCAUGGUGUAUGGAGUAUGGAAUUUGAAAGAGCCUAUAGCCAAGGAUUGGCCCUCGAUGGCAUGACCGAUGCUUUCUGGUUUCAAUAA